UGUUAUAAAACAGAUUUUUUUUCUUUAUAAAUAUUUUUUCGAGUAUUGGGUAUGGUUAAGCUUCAGCGGAUUUUCUGCAAAUUUAUGUUGGAGAAGUAAAAAAAAAGGAAGAAAUAUAGUUUUUGGGUUCUCUUUAACUGUAAAUAAUGAAUAUAUUUCAGUUUCAAGAUUUGUUUACAUUUCGUGCAAAGAAAGAAAGGGUACAAAAGAAAUUAAUGAAGAGAGUACAGAGAGAGCAGUGCCAAAAACGCUGGGUUUGCCCUCUUUCUCGCCAUCAAAACCGGCUUUUCAUUGGUGUCGCAGAGGGGAAUUGUAUGAGUAAUGAAGGGAACGCGUUAAACUUUCUAACGUCCAUGUGACCUUUUGAUGCAUUUUGCAUGGGAUCAACUUCCUCCGUACUCAAAUUUGUGAAAUGGGUUUAGUUCGGGCGCCCACUAUGAGAAGUGGGGAAUACUUGGAAGGGAUGAUCAAUGAGUAUGUGGGCGGAAAGGCCAAGAUGAAAGCUCAAAGAAGCGCAUCUGCUCGCCUUGUCACUGCUCUAACCUGUCUCCAGUUCGCCUUUGCAAUUUAUGCCACCUUUCUUCUGUAUUACAUGAGCCCCACUGUAGAUUUACGCACAAAACCAGACUUCGCAUGGGCCAGCCGAAUUGCCAAGCACUGGAAGCAGUUCAUUAUCCAACCUCAUGUUCUCGGACACUACCAAGAAGCUUCUUCCCUCCUUCGAGCUGAAAUCCCCCCUAUAACACCCUCUGAGGUCUGUGAACAUGAGAAGAUUGAUUUCGUACAGAAAAAGUCGAAUGAUGCUCAGAUGAUCAAGUUGAAGAGGGAGCUCUAUGAUGAGGUUUUGGAGUUCCAAAGCAAGACGAUUGGGACAGAGACUCUCUCCCAGCUGAUGGCUAUGAGCUCGAAAUGGGAUUUGCGGGGCCCUAACAUCCCAAAAAUCACUGUGAUUUUAAACCAUUUCAAGAGGAAAACGCUUUGCUCCCAGCUUGAUUCCCUGCUUCAGCAGACCCUUCCCUUCCACAGUAUCUGGGUGCUCUCAUUUGGAAGCCCAAAUGAGCUCUCAUUGAAGAGGAUUGUGGACAGCUACAAUGAUUCGAGGAUCAGUUUUAUUAGUUCUAGCUACGAUUUCAAAUACUAUGGAAGGUUUCAGAUGGCCCUACAGACAGAAGCCGAUCUGGUAUACAUCCUAGACGACGACAUGAUACCUGGAAGGAAGAUGUUACAGAUAAUGGCCCAUGUGGCGGGGACGAACAAGUACAAGAACUCGGUGCUGGGCAGCAUAGGAAGGAUCUUGCCUUUCAGACAGAAGGACUAUACGUUCCCAAGCUACAGAAAGUUUCGUUCCAAGGAAGCAGGACUUUAUUUGCCUGACCCUGCCUAUGAUAUCACAGUUGACAGAAUUGUGCAGGUGGAUUUUCUGUCUAGCUCAUGGUUUUUAUCAGCCGAGCUUGUUAAAACACUUUUUAUUGAGACACCAUUCACCUUCAUGACUGGAGAAGAUCUGCACCUCAGUUAUCAACUUCAAAAGUACAGAAAUGCGGGAUCUUUUGUUCUUCCAGUUGACCAAAAUGACAAGGAAACUUGGGGUGACAGUGAACACAGGCUUGCUUAUGUGUCUGAGACCACAGUAAUCUUCAAAGACAUUGUUCAAGUCCGAGAUGAUCAAUGGUGGCGAGCUCUCUCUACAGGUUAUGUGACUCAGUGGGCUGCAAUGCAUCCUCAGAAAAUAGAUGCACUCUUUUAUGCCCAUUCUCUUGAUGAAGUAAAAGCACUAGCGCCCCUUCUUGAAAAAUUCAGGUCCACAGUUGGCAAGAAGGCUUAUAUUGCUGUCUCUGGAGGCAGUUACUGUCCUUGUGAAGAAGCUGCAACUGCUUUGAACUGGCCCAAGUCAGUUUGCAGAGAAAGAAGAUUCAAGAUUUUUGAUUUGGCGAUUGGAGCUCUUUCUGGUGUCUCAGAUUCAGAGGUGCCUGUCUUGCAAGCUGUGUACUCAAGCAUGAAAGGGUUGAUUAAAAUCCACAAUCCCAGUGUGCUGAUUACUGUGGCUGAUGUUGAUUUGAAUGUUAAGAAAGCUCUGAAAAUGGCAUCAGAGACUAAUUCAAACAGUACAACCCUGGUUCUACUACCAAGAUCUUCUGUGCCCAAUGUUCUCUGGAUGGCUGACCUACGUUCAACAGCAUUGCCAAAUUGGAACCGGAUGAGAAUCUCAGUAAACAUCGUUACCCAAAACCGUGCUUCUUCUCUGGGAAGGCUUCUGAAAUCACUGAGUGAUGCUCACUAUCUUGGGGAUGAGAUUCCCAUUAGCUUCAACGUUGACAGCAAAGUGGAUGAAGAGACAGUGAGGCUGGUGAAUUCAUUCCAGUGGCCCCAUGGCCCCAAAACCCUGAGGAGAAGAAUCAUCCAAGGAGGGCUUAUCCGAGCUGUCAGUGAGAGUUGGUAUCCAUCAUCUGAUGAUGAUUAUGGUCUCCUACUUGAAGAUGACAUAGAAGUGUCUCCAUACUAUUAUCUCUGGAUUAAAUACGCCCUGUUGGCCUACCACUACGAUCCACAGGUCUCACUCCCUGAGCUGUCCUCCAUCUCUCUCUACACCCCAAGAUUGGUUGAAGUAGUGAAAGAGAGACCCAAGUGGAAUGCAACUGAGUUCUUCAAGCACAUUCAUCCAAAUACACCAUAUCUCCAUCAGCUGCCUUGCAGCUGGGGUGCUGUUUUCUUCCCCAAGCACUGGAGGGAAUUCUAUGUUUACAUGAACAUGAGGUUCACGGAAGAUGCUAAGCAAAACCCAGUUCAAAUUCCAAAAUCUAGAACCAACGGUUGGCAAGCUUCAUGGAAGAAGUUUCUCAUCGAUAUGAUGUACCUCAGAGGCUAUGUGAGUCUGUAUCCGAACUUCCCCAAUCAAACCAGCUUUUCCACAAACCAUAUGGAGCCUGGGGCUCACAUUAGCGCCAAGGAUAACGUGGUUAGACAUGACAAAUCAGAUUUUGAAGUGCCCCUGUUGAAGGAAGACUUCCGGGGGUUGCUGCCAGGGGGGAAGUUGCCUCCGGCGUCGAGGUUGCCUGCACUCAACCUAUUCAACCAGGCAAUGUCUCUGAGGGGGCUCAAGGCAGCAGGAGCAAAACUGGGGCAAGAUGUGCUUGGUUGCAAUAAUAUGACAGAGAUCGUGGUGGUUGAUAAUGAAACUGGUUUGCCUAGCCGCUGUGAAAAAUUCUGAAUUUUCAAUUGUUGUUAAUUAAUCAUUUAUCAUUCUUUUUACAUAUAUUUGUUAGCAUAAUUCUUUCUUAAACAUAUAUGGGUUGGGGUCUUGGAUUUAUGUCAAAGACGGGAGCUAUUUUUUACUUAUUUGAUUCCCCAUGCAAACGACUAGAGAAAUGAAAUUUCUUGAGGGGAGAUCAGUGAUGAGGGGGACGGUUCUAUUAAUCAGUCUUGUUUACUAAACCCUUUAAUUGAGGGUGUCUUUGCUCAUAAAUGUAGCCAAAGUGGCUCUAUUAACGGGAAUUAAUUUGAAUC